AUGUCUUUGAAAGUGGCCAUCAUUGGCGCCGGCCUCAUUGGCCCCCGCCACGCUCAGUCUGUCAUCUUCAACACAUCAACCGAACUAGUUGCUCUUGUAGAUCCCUUACCAACAGGCGGAGCCGUCGCCGCAGACCUCAAGACAAACUACUACCCCACCAUAGCAGCUCUGCUGGCAUCACCUCACAAACCCGAUGCCGCAAUUGUCUGCACACCAAACCACACCCACGUCCCCAUCACCAAGGAACUUCUAGCAGGUGAUGUGCACGUUCUCCUCGAAAAGCCUUUCAGCGAUACCCUCGAGACAGGUCGCAGUCUCCUGGAAUUCGCACAUGCACCAGAGAACGCACACCUGAAGCUUCUAGUAGGCCACCACCGCCGUUUCAAUCCUUAUGUGCGCGCAACAAAGUCCGUCCUUGACUCCGGUUCCCUGGGCAAUGUUAUCGCCGUGAACGGUCUCUGGACUAUCUAUAAGCCUGAGCCCUACUUCGAAUCGCCAACUGAUUGGCGCGCAUCCAGAGCUCGAGGCGGUGGUGUUAUCCCCAUUAACUUAGUUCAUGAUAUUGAUCUCAUGCACCACUUCUUCGGUCCUAUUGUUCGUGUCCAAGCGGAGAAGAUUCUCCCGCAAAGACCCAGUCCUCCCCAUGAUGCGGAUGAGGGUGCAGCGCUGACAUUGCGUUUCGCGUCGGGGGUUGUGGGCACAUUCCUCGUCUGUGAUGCGACUCCCUCACCGCAUAAUUUUGAGACGGGCACUGGUGAGAACCCGAUGAUUCCGAGCUCACCGACCGGUGAUGGGGCGGACUUUUAUCGAAUCUUUGGCUCUGAGGCUUCGCUUAGUGUCCCAGAUCUUACCAGAUGGAGCUAUGAUGGAAAGGCCGAGAAGAGCUGGCAGCAGACUCUGAAUGUGGAAAAAAUUGAGUUGCCGGAUCACUCAGCGCCGUUUGAUCUGCAGUUGGCGCAUUUCGUGGAUGUUAUUCGUGGGGAUGCGGAGCCGAGUUGCUCUGGGGAGGAGGGAUUGAGGGCUUUGCUCGUUUGUGAGGCUGUUCAGAAGGCAAUGUCCACAGGACAACCUGCUGAGAUUCCAGUUGAUUUAUUGGCGUGA